CACUAAAAUCCGCAUGUCUUUUUACUUGAAAAGGAUUACGGAUAAAUCCGCCGCUUUUUCUUUUCUCAGCCAUUUCUCAAGGUUGUAAAAAUCAUUUCAAGUGUCUUCUACGUCUAUGUAAAAGCUCAAAAAUAUAGAAUUAUCAAGAUUACAAGUAGCUUACUUGCCCCUUUAUAAAAUUUGAAUAGAUUUUUUAUGUGUAGUAGUUUCUUAACGAUAUUGUGGUUUAGUUUUAGUGUAAGUGAUCUACUUUUAAAAGAAACACCUCGUUCCUACUGUGCGUGAAUAUAGCUUCCACAGAUGAUCUUAGCUAUCAAUUUCAAAUCAAAGAAACUUAUGAAAAGGGAAGAACGUAUUCUUAUAUAAUGUUCCAGUGACGACGUCCAGGCGCCAGCAUUUUAUGAUAGAAGUCAUCAGUUCGAAGCUCGUUGCGGCGGGCGCGCGCGGGGGGCGCGCUUUCGCCGCCGCGGGCAGGCAUGGAGAGACUCCGCCGGUCUUUCCGCGAGUCGUUCCGGCGGCGCAAGGGCUCCCCGCCGGAAUCCGCGCGCCCGCACCAAUGGCACGCCGACGAAGCCGCCGUCAGGGCGGGCACGUGCACCUUUCCCGUCAAGUACCUUGGUUGCGUCGAGGUCUUCGAGUCGCGGGGCAUGCAAGUGUGCGAGGAGGCACUUAAAGUACUUAGGAAUUCCCGAAGACGCCCAGUUAGGGCGGUUCUACACGUUAGCGGAGAUGGACUACGCGUUGUGGAAGAAGAAACUAAGGGGCUCAUUGUUGAUCAGACCAUUGAGAAAGUGUCUUUCUGCGCGCCCGAUAGAAAUCAUGAAAGAGGAUUUAGCUACAUCUGCCGCGACGGGACAACCCGGCGGUGGAUGUGCCACGGCUUCCUGGCGUCGCGGGACAGCGGCGAGCGACUGUCCCACGCGGUGGGCUGCGCCUUUGCCGCUUGUCUGGAACGCAAGCAGCGCCGGGACAAGGAGUGUGCUGUUAGCAUGAGCAUCGACGCCGCCAGCCAUGCCUUCACUAGGCAGGGAUCCUUCCGAAAGUCUGGUAUAACCGCCCGUCGCAGCUCGGAAGCGGACGCGUCACCCGUUAGCGGAGUGGGCGUGUCUCCCGCCCCCGUGUCCAAGCCGGCGCCCCAUAACCCCUUCGCGGUAGAAAGGCCCCACGCGGCGCCCCACUUGCUGGAGAGACAAGGCUCGUUCAGGGGCUUCGCGCAUCUUAACAAUAGUUCCCCGUUCAAGCGGCAGAUGUCGCUGCGCAUCAGCGAGCUGCCGUCCAACCUGGAGCGCGCGCGCGCCGGGCUCGCCUCGCCGCCGCGCGCGCAGCCGCUGCCCGCGCCGCCCGCGCUGUUGGCCAAGCCCGAGCAACCGCCCGCUGAGAACUCAAUCACCUCUCUCGGCUCGAUGAGCGAAGACCCAGUGGCGGCGAUGUGCCAGCAACUAUCGCUCGGUCUCCGCGCGCUCGCCGAGGCCGAGGCCGAGCCGGUGCCCGUCCGGGCGGCCGCCGCGCUGCCGCAUCCGGACGCGUGGCUCGGACGCGUGGCGCGCGCGCCGCCGCUCGCCGCCGCCGGACGCGCCGCCAGCUACGCCGGACACCACUCCACCAACCCCUUCCUGGCGCCCGCGCCCGCCCCCGCUCCCCUCUAAAUAGGUGACACCUGACCGCUUGAACGUGAAGUUCUUGAUAGUAAUUUCGACGAAGCAAUGGGAAUGUUGGCAUCUGUAAAUCUAUUGAUUCCGUCUCCUGGUAGUCAUUUGUGGCCGGCUAGGGACAACUCAUCGUUUGAAGACGGAAAAGUCCAGCUCUGGAUUAAAUUUUGUGUGGCCCGUAAGCCGUAGCGUAAAGUGAAGAUCCUUGAAGCAGUAAUGCUUCAGUUGUCGAUAACUACUGCGCAUUGGAAAUUCUGGCACCCGUAAAUUGAUAGUAGCCGCAACUUAAUUUGAGAAUAAAAAAGACCGCUUGAAGCCAUAAUACUUCAGCUUUUGAUGGAAACAACGAAGCAUUGGGAAUAAGUGAAUCCAUAUUAAAUCCAGUUCCUAUUUCAAAUGUACACGAUACAUGGGUGAAGUCAAUCGAGUCUUGUAUGGAAUUUUAUUAUUGUGUGCUGGGUAUUCAUAUGAAGAUUAAAACGUCCAAUAUUUAAUUAUACAGUCGUUAUGCUGAUUAUGGUGACACUUCAACAGAAAGAUUUCCAAGGAAGAACAUUAAUCACGUAUUGUCUGAUCUAAGCAGUAAGCAUAAAUAUCUGGAAAUUAGCGCUUAUAAUGUGGCUUGGAUAUUGGAAAUUCUCAAUUUGAGUUACUGCAAAUAGUACCUGAAAAAGUGCUUGUAAAUAUAUUUUUCUAAAUGGUGUACGAUUGCAGUGUUACAAAAAUGUGUUGUCAUUAACCUCGAAAAUUAAAUGUUUGAUAUGAUUAAAUAGUUAUGUCGUAAUCAACAAAAUAUUUAUUCUAUUAAAAUUAUUUCCCAAUCAAAAUAUUGGGACUAAAAUUGCAAUGGCUUUGACGUACGUAGUAACAACGAAGAACGUGAGUUUGUACUUAAAUAUUUAAUCGUUCUGAUAAUCCCAUUAUUGUUGUUAGGUAUUAAAAUCGACGAAUAAAUAGUGAUGCCGUCGUUGCUCACUUAUUUAUGUAUAUCACCUGUGAUUAUACAUAAGAGAGUGACUAUAUUGUCCUCUGGACAUGUUUUAAAAUGUUAAUCCAAUUUCUGCGCACUUGUUGUUAGCAUAGAGGCGCUACGCUGUCAGUAUUGUGUCGCGUCGCUCGGCCGCUAGAGUUCCUACGACGAACACUAAAUGGUGCGACACCCGCGUUGGUCGGGCGACGAUGACGCAUCAAGUGUGUUUAUGCCAUUUUACGCAUAGUCCGCACUUGAAUGUAUUAAUAUAAUGUAUAUUUAUGUACGUAUAUACAAAAAUCCCUUGCCAGGAAGAAAAAUAUUCAACGGAUUUGUGGAGGAAACUUAUUUAUUGAGAAAUAUACUUAAUUAUUUGUUAAUAGAUGAGUGUGAGUUUAUUGAAAAUUGCGGCGUCUGUUGUUUGAUUCAAACACAUUGAAAGUAUCGGUUGUAUUUAGAUUGAAUUGUUUGUAUGUAAUACAUGAAAAGUAAAGCACAAUUUUUUCAAGCUACCUACUAGUUAAGAACGUAUCUCAGCCACUAAAUCCUAACAUCGAAACAUGCAUAGCGAAUAACAUAAAGAUACGCUAAAACUGGCAUGUUAAAAUAGACAACAGUUAUGGAAGGAAGUAUCAUUAGAUACGUUCAUCACGGGCUUGAAUACUAUUCUAGCUUCUAACAUUAUUUAUAUAUCGUUAGGUAAAAAUAUAAUUCAGCUUACGUGCAUGUAGUUGUACUUUAUAAACUCGCACUGUGCUUCUGCGUUGCACAUCGCCCGCGUAGGCUGUCGUGUCCGCGGAACAUUCGUCCAUGCAGUAUUACUUCGUGCCGGGCGCCUCGUAAACGCGUGGAAACAUUAAAUGAACAAUGCAGUAUUUUAUUAUUGUUAAACAAUUACGUAAUUGUAUCAUAGGGUUUUGGACAUAUUUUUUCCUUUUGUAUAUAAUUGUAAAUUUGUAGGAUAUUUACUUGUGUACCCUUCGUGGAUCUGUUUUUUAUACUUUUUUUAUUAAUAGCGAUUAACUUUAGGGUGGUUUUCGGGUCGAACAAAUGAUAAUGUUUCUUAUCUUACGUCUGUUCACUGUAGUAGAUGGUGUACUUGUUGUUUUCAAAUAAGUAUCUAUGUUUAUGUUACAUUUAUUUUGUUAUUGGUUUUAUCGAUGUCUAUUGACAAAAGUAUUUUACAUAUUGUUCAAAACCAGACAACAAUAACUAACUUGGUCCGUCUUAAAUUCAUUAGUCCUUAUUUGAAUGUUUCAUAAAAAUAACUUCAGUAUAAAUCCGUCAAUAAUUUAUUUAAUUUUUACAUUCCAGUUUACUGCAAAUGUAUAUUGGUGAUAGUAUAGUGGAACUAAACAAUGAUCGCAUAUCACUAGCUAGCCUUGCAUAAAUGUAUAAUGAAUAUUAUAUCGCACGCGUGUACUUACAUUUGUAACAGUUUGUAAAAUAUAGUACUUAAUAAAAUGUACCUUACUAAGAAGCAUUGCGUAAUGUAUCUCGCGCCUUUUAUCUACUUACUGAGAUCUCCGUAAUAUUGGGAAUGUACUUAAAAAUAUUUCCUCUUAUAGAAAAUUAUUGAUGUUGUGAAAAUGUAUUAUUAUUACUCGUUAACAGUGGCACAUUAUCCGUAUGAUUAAAUUGACAUUAUAUUUAUUAAAAAGAAUACAAAAUGACUUCACUCUCUGCCAUUCUGCUAUUUAUUCAAACAUAUUUUUGACUAUAUUAUACUUACUAGCUCAUCAGAUUUAAAAUGAUGAUCAGAGAUAAUAAAAAUAUAUUUCUUAAAUCUUAUCAUCAAUACCAGAGGUUUUCGAGUAAUAAAAUUAUUAUGUGAUAUCUGUCUACUGAAUUAUCCGACAUUAGAAAUGUAUAAUGCACUCUUAUAUUUAAAAGCACCAUAUUUUGUGAAUAUUAUGUCUGUUACAUAAAAAGUACAUUAAGUUAGGUUCUUCGGUAAGCUAAAUCCGAACGUGUACUUAUAAUGAAAAAGAAUAUUAAUGUUACGACUUGGUUUUACAAUAAAUCGAUAUUGUGGGAAAAAGUACUUAAUUUAGAACCAAAAUCAUGUCGUUCAAAAAAUUCGUUGAAUGUUAUUGUAUAUUCUUUCUACAGUGAUUUUAUCUUUGUCUAAAGCGUGUAAAUACCUACGCGAAUUGUA